AUGGACCCUCUACAUGCGGCCGUGGUUGCGGAGGCAGCUGCGCGGGCCAUCAAAAACUACGAGGACAGCGAUGGGGUAUGGCCAGAAAACCCUGGCGCACAAGGCCGUCACAAUGGCGUAGGCAGCGCGCACAGCACCAAAGAUGAGUCGCAGGAGAAAUUUGUGCUUGAUCCGGCCUUACAGCUCGAACUGGAGAAGUACGGUAAGCAGGAGGCACACGAUGCGCACGAACUCGAGCAUAAGAAGCAGGACGGACAGUUAUUUGCAACUAGCAUUUGUACGCGGUGCAAGAAGGAGUUUGCGCAGAUGCCCGACAAACAUUAUCGGCUGUGUUCGCACUGUCGCGAGCUGCAACGGCAGCGGUCGCGCAGAUGGCAGAUGAGAACCAAGGAGAAGCAGGGUGUGUGCAGACGGUGUGGCGUGGAGAUCCCGCCUGAGCACGCGCAGUUCGUUCUGUGCGAGAACUGUAGAAUGUCGCUGCGGUCAAGAAAGGCGAGCCGAGCCGCGCUGGGCAAGUGUGUCCACUGCUCGGGGCCGAACGACUCGAUCGACGCGAAGUUUAAAGUGUGCUCGCGGUGUCGACAGAACGACAAGAUCCGCCGCUCGAACCUGGAAAAAAUCGGGGCGUGCAACAGAUGCGCAAAGCGGCUCAAGGAGUCCGACAGAGACCACAAGGUGUGCGAGAAGUGCCGCACGAAGAAAAAGCGCGGCCUCAGCGUCCCGUCGCCGCCUAAUAAACGCGUCGCUCUGGCCGCAGAGCAUCACAACGGGUCCAAGCAUAGCGUACAACAGGCGUCGGCAGAGGCUGUGGCAGCAGCAGUGCUCAAUGGACAGCAGUCUGGCCAUGACCAGGACAUCAUGUUGCCCGAUAACUUCCAUAAUUUGCCCCAUAUCCACCAUUCGCAACUGAACCAGCAGCUGAACCAGCAGCUGCACCAGCAGCUGUCACAACUCGGGCAGGACCACUCUUCCUCCAACACAGACGAGGAGGAGGCCGAGAACUCGUCUAAUGACGAAGACGUAGGCGGAUCGCUCACGAUCCCAAAUCCAGAUCGGAUCUGUCUCAAGUGCGGCAAUCAUAUCCAUAUAGACGACCUCAGCUUCAACCCGGCGGCCAACAUCUGUUCGAAAUGUCUCGAGAACGACGACGACCCAGAAACCACUGCCAACCUUUUCAUGAACCCCGAGGGCGAUGUCAUUGGCAAAAAUGCGUAG